AUGGCCGACGAGAAACCCCAAUGUGGCAGUGGCGCAGAUGCUGCCGAGUAUGACUUUCCCCUGCACGUGGGAGCAGUGUUCAUCGUGCUCAUUGCUAGUAUCUUCGGUGCUGGUUUCCCAGUUGUAGCCAAGAAAGUGAAGUGGAUGAAGAUCCCACCGAAGAUCUUCUUCUUCUGCAAGCAUUUCGGUACUGGUGUUUUGAUAGCGACAGCCUUUGUUCAUCUUCUACCUACGGCCUUUGCAUCCCUCAACCACCCAUGCCUGCCAGACCUUUUCAUUGAGGAUUACCCAGCUUUGCCCGGUGUGAUUAUGAUGGGUGCUCUUUUCGUCUUGUUCGUUGUGGAGAUGUGGCUCAAUGCUAAGACCGGUGGACACAGCCAUGGCAGUGCCGACGGCCACGAAUUCAACGGCCAAGCAGCAGCACCCGGAAUCCAGGACGCCUUCAAUAACCCAAUUCGACGCGUCGACAGCUAUGACUCGCAGAAGACAAUGGUGCGUGAGGAGAAGAAAGGAUGGGUUGAACAGUCCUAUCCUGUCGACAACUUCCCUUUCCCCAGCCAACAAGAUGAUCUGGAGCCAAAGUCCGAGAUGCCCCCUUGGUUCAUUGUAUUCUACGAACAGUACAUCCGCCAACGCGACGAGAUGUUGGCCACAAUCAACCGUGCUGUGCCUGCCGUCCCGGGUUUCUCGCAACAGCAGCAGUCUCAACAGAAUGUGAACCAACAAACAUCGUACUUCGAAGAUGAUGUGGAGAACCAAGUCGUGGACCCCAUUGCUUUAAAGAGGCAGUCAAUGCAGAUUACCUUGAUCGAGGGUGGAAUUCUCUUCCAUUCCGUCUUUGUCGGCAUGACCAUCUCUAUCACUUCCGAGGGCUUCAUCAUCCUCUUGAUUGCCAUUGUCUUCCACCAAAUGUUCGAGGGUCUCGGUCUGGGCUCGCGUAUCGCUGCCGUUCCCUACCCUAACGGUAGCUGGAAGCCAUGGGCGCUCGUUGUUGCUUUUGGCACCACUGCCCCCAUUGGACAGGCUAUCGGUCUUGCUUCUCGCGGAAGCUACGACCCAGAGAGCGCUUUUGGUCUGAUCAUUGUCGGAGUAUUCAAUGCCAUAUCCUCUGGUCUUUUGAUCUACGCCGCCCUCGUCGAUCUACUUGCUGAGGAUUUCCUUUCCGAAGAGGCCAACCACACCCUGACAGGUCGCGACAAGACUAGGGCAUUCAUCUACGUGCUCCUGGGUGCUGCUGGUAUGUCGAUCGUCGGUGCUUUCGCUUAAAGUGCCUUAGUUUGCUUUUUGCCUGCUCUUCCAAAGACGAAUCAACGUUUCUAGGUUGCCUUGCUAUGCUAUGCUACGAUGAUGCAAUACACGUUACAGCCUUCGA